CCGCGAGUAAGACUCUCCAGUCGCUAAGCCUCAAACCAACUCUCUCUACUGUAUCGAUGAAGUUGUUUCAAAGAUGGCGGAUUUCCUGCCGUCCCGGUCCGUUUUAUCUGUAUGUUUUCCCAACUGUAUCCUCACGAGUAACGAGGCAGAACAAUUAAGGAAAUCUAAAGAAAUAGACAAACGUAUUUCGCGGGAUAAACCGUACGUGAAACGGUUGGUGAAGAUUCUCCUACUCGGAGCGGGUGAAAGCGGCAAGUCCACUUUCCUGAAGCAGAUGCGCAUCAUCCACGGUCAGGACUUCGAUCAAAAGGCCAAAGAAGAGUUCAAGGCCACGAUUUUUAGUAAUGUAAUUAAAGGGGUGCGUGUGUUGGUGGAUGCCAGAGGAAAGCUCCACAUCCCGUGGGGAGAGGCAUCCAACCAGAGGCACGGAGAGACCAUGAUGGCGUUUGACACGAGGUCGGCCAGGAUGGCCCACGGCAUGGUGGAGACCAAGGUCUUCCUGCAGUACCUGCCCUCCAUCCGGGCCCUGUGGGCCGACACGGGCAUCCAGGACGCCUACGACAGACGCAGGGAGUUCCAACUGGGGGAGUCUGUGAAGUAUUUCCUGGAUCAUCUGGAAAAGCUGGGACAGCCGGACUACCUACCGACUCAGCAGGAUAUUCUCCUGGCCCGUAAGCCCACUAAAGGUAUCCACGAGUACGACUUUGAGAUCAAGAACGUUCCAUUUAAGAUGGUGGACGUUGGGGGUCAAAGGUCAGAGAGAAAGAGAUGGUUUGAGUGUUUUGACUCUGUCACCUCCAUCCUCUUCCUCGUCUCCUCUUCAGAGUAUGACCAGGUCUUGAUGGAGGACCGUCAAACCAACCGUCUCAGCGAAUCCCUCAACAUCUUCGAGACGAUCGUCAACAAUCGUGUUUUCUCCAACGUCUCCAUCAUCCUGUUCCUCAACAAGACAGACCUUCUGGAGGACAAGGUGCGCUCCGUCCCCAUCAAGGACUAUUUCCCAGAGUACCCCGGGGAGCCACACAGCCUGGUGGACGUACAGAGGUUCCUAGUGGACUGCUUCCGGGGGAAGAGGAGGGACGUGACGCAGAAGCCCCUGUACCACCACUUCACCACAGCCAUCAACACGGAGAACAUUCGCCUGGUGUUCCGAGACGUCAAGGACACCAUCCUCCACGACAACCUAAAGCAGCUGAUGCUGCAGUGAUCGCAGGGGGGUUAUGACCUUUUUCAAGUCACCUUUUGGCCUUUAACCCCCCCCCCCCUGUGACUCCUCACCGUGACCCACUGACUUGCCGUGAUUGCAGGGUGAUGAACAGAGAGCAGAAGAGUUGUUGUGUUACACUGUGUCACUGCCUUUUAAGUCACCUUUUGGCCCUUGACCUUUAACCCCUGCGAGCCCUCACCUUGACCCCUGAUCUCCAGUCACCUCUGGUGCAGGCUGUCACCUAUGACCCUUGACCACUGAACCCUGUUACCACUUCUAAUGGCCUUGUACCUGGCAGUUCUACCCCCCCCUUCUAAACCACUGUAAAUGAGCUCUCCCUAUCCCUCCCCUCACACACCCCUCUCCUUUCUGUAAUGGACUAUUCCAGAGUCUGUAGAUAUGUUGAUGUGUUCUGUAGGAUGAAGUUGCCCUCGGACUCUGAUCCUGGGUCAGUUUUUAAUUUCCCCCACUAAUGGUUAAUGACAGGAUAUGGGGAGGGGAAGCUGGUCCUAAAUCUGUUGUUCUAUAUUACUAUAUUCACUCUGUUGGUUCACUCUUAACUCUCCUGUCUCACUCUGUCACAUUGUAACCUGUCUGAGAAGCCCAGACCACUGCUGGAGGUUAGCGGUCAAUGGUGAGGGGGUCAACUGGCCUUUCUGUGUUGGAGGGAGGAGUCAAACGGCACCCACGGCAACCAGGGAAGAGGGGAUGGUAAACGCUGUAGAACAAAAUGAUGAUGAUGACGAUGACUGUUUUACUGGCGCCAGCCUGUCGCUAUGCACCUCCACUCACACCUGCCCUGAACUGGCUUGAUUCUACACUUCCUUUUCCCUCAGAGCCUGAUUAUGACAUCACCCCCCCCACCAUUCUGACAGCCAAUCAGUGUCACUAUCUGGAUGUGGAACCAACUGCAGCGGAGAGCUUGUUACUUGUUGUUGUUGCUGAGGGGGAAGUUAAAGAGUGGGGGGACUUUACAACACUGUACUAAAACUAAUCCUUAAUGAUUCCACAAAUAAGCCUUUUACCACUGUCUGAUGAUGACCUAUCAAACAGAGCCACACACACACACACACACACACACACACACACACACACACACACACACACACACACACACACACACACACACACACACACACACACACACACACACACACACACACACACACACACACACACACACACACACACACACACACACACACACACAACCUACCCAUAGAGACUCUUCUGACCUGAUCCUGGUCUUACUGUUUGGAACUUUUAACUUUUUUUUUCUCUCACAGAUUUAUUAUGAAUAUAUGUACCUAAACAUUGUCUUAAGUUAUAUUUGAAAGGUUUUACACAAGUUUGAUUUACACCUGCUGAUGGGCAGUGUUAAAGGCUAUGGAAGAGGGUGUGUGAACACACACGCGCAGACAGACUGGCUCGGACAGACCAGUUGAUAAACUACUGAGCUAAUUCUCAGGAUACAUUGUGGACCACUUAUUUGUGUAUUUAGAGCAAUGAUGUUCAUUUGCCUAAGUCCUAAAACACACACACAGACAGACGGCUGUCCAUCAGAGGCUGGUCGUCUAAACAACUUGCCGGCCAGCUACAUCCCCUCUUCCAGUCCUUUUUAUCUCCCCUCUCUUUCUGUCCCUCUCUCUGUGUUAGUGUAAGCAAGUGAUCAGCCUUAUAAACCCUGUGGAGGCUCAUCCUAGAGGGAAGAAACUGUGAUCAGCCUUAUAAACCCUGCGGAGGCUCAUCCUAGAGGGAAGAAACUGUGAUCAGCCUUAUAAACCCUGUGGAGGCUCAUCCUAGAGGGAAGAGACAGUGAUCAGCCUUGUAAACUGUGGAGGCUCAUCCUAGAGGGAAGAGACAGUGAUCAGCCUUAUAAACCCUGUGGAGGCUCAUCCUAGAGGGAAGAGACUGUGAUCAGCCUUAUAAACCCUGUGGAGGCUCAUCCUAGAGGGAAGAAACUGUGAUCAGCCUUAUAAACCCUGUGGAGGCUCAUCCUAGAGGGAAGAGACUGUGAUCAGCCUUAUAAACCCUGUGGAGGCUCAUCCUAGAGGGAAGAGACGGUGAUCAGCCUUAUAAACCCUGUGGAGGCUCAUCCUAGACAUACUCCUAUGAUGGGGAAACUGUGUCAAAUGAUUUGAUUUAAUUAUGAAUCUUUCUCUCCUCCUUAACUCCUCACCAACCAAUGUGUCUUUAUCUCUAGCAAAUAAAUAGCCUUUUUAAAUGAGUUGGACGUUGGGUUUGUACCAACUGAAGGGAAACCAGGAGAAGGAUACCGUUCACAUUGUUGUACCCGUUAUGAAGGGGGUGUCUGAAGUCACACCCUACUACUCUCUAUCUAGUGCACUGCUUUCGGCCCUGUGUGUCUUUCAUAGGGCACUACUUAGUGCACUACUCUUUAACAGAGAACUAUGUUAUUAUUAAGGUAGUAAGGUGCGGUUUUGCACGUAGACUCCUAAAAUCUCUCUCGUUGUCUCCCAAGUGAGCGCUAUUCCCUAUAUAGUUUUGGAUGCAGUCUUGAGUCUCGUUGGCCAAACAUGCUGCAUGUGUAGCUCAAGUCUGUCUCACAAACACUGUCAGCCCUGUCAGGGCUUCUGACUGAUCGCUCCAGGCCACCCCUUCCAUAGCUCCGAGUCAUCCCCAGCACAGAGCUCUUUGUCUGGGCUGAGACUGUGUCAGGCCCCCUUGGCUGAAGGCCACCAUUCCAUCCUCUAUACCAGUCGGAUGGACUGGUGUGACUGGGACCAGUGUCUCCUCCUUCAGCGCCACACACACCAGUAAGUCAGACCAGACUAGGGUCUGUGAUUUGCCUUUGUCGAUGCUGAACAAACAGGUUUUUGAACAACACACCCUCCUACAGAGGCAGACCUAACAUGUCCCAAAGUGAUCAUUCUAGAAUAAUGUGCAUUCUAGAACUGUCCAUUCUAGAACUGUUUCUAGCCAUUCUAUUUCUAUGGGUGUAGUCAGUCGGUGCUUUUUGCCAAAUGGCCUCCAGAGUGACUCAAUACCCAGUAGACAGGCAGACGGACAGACCUAUGUCCCCUACUGGUCUUAUUUAGUGAGGGAGAGCUCAAAAAGUAGUCCCAAAUGGCACCCUCUUCCCUAUAUAGUGCACUAAUGUUGACCAGGUCCCAUAGGGUCUAAAGUAGUGCACUAUGUAGGGAAUAGACUGUCAUUUGGAACAAAGCCCAGACAGACGCAGGCCUUUUGUCUGCUCCGGUCAGAGAGAAGGGAAGACAGUCUGCCAGUAGUAACACCGUGGUCAGUAUUCAGUCAGUGUGUAUGUAUCUGCUCCUUCAGGCGAUCUCUCUCUCUCUCUCGCUCUCUGUGCUGCUGCUGUUGCUGUGGUUUUAAACGCGUGCCUACGACUCCGUUCCAAUAUCAACGCUAGCCUCACUCGUUCCAAUGCACUGCUUCCUUUAUGUUAGUGUGGAUGUUGGAAUGCAGCCCCAAGAGUCAGUCAGAACACAGUGUCAUUUCAAAAGCUCAGGCCCACUUUGACGAUGUCACAAAGCCAAACGCCUGUUUCAUUAGGAUUCUGCUACAGACAAAAACCUGCCUUCAGUGGCCUGGUCGGCCUCCACAACUGGUUUUAACCCAGUCUGAGUUGUAAUUCAUUGUGUCAAAAAGAGUUUUAGAGGUUUCAAGCUGUUAACUGUGAUGUCAGACCCUGCCCUGAGAACUGUCUGUUCCUCUACUACAACUCCUUCCUGCUCUCUGUCUCUCUCUCUCUCAUUAUGACAUCACUGAGGGUUCCGACACAUCUAGAAUGAAACGUCAUUCUAGUUCUAUUGAUUCUAUGGAAUGUGGAGGAAGGUUUGGGGCCAGGUCCAUUAUAUCAAGGUGAAGGUGCAAUCUGGCGUAUUGGACCUGGAGUUGGAAGGACCUGAGGUGUGUGUGUGUGUGUGAGGUGGUGUUUUAAAGCUAUGCAACUGCACUGUGCUCCAGUCCACACAGCAAAAAAAUACAGCAAAACACAGCAAGAAUACUUAAAUGAACCACUUCUGUAUGUUAUGAGAAUAAUCAUGUUGAUGUGUUCUUUAUUAGUGAAGAGUCAAAUAUGCAAAUGAUCUGCCCAAAUAUGACUGAUAUUGUUGUGCCUCCUGUUACCCGACUUCGCCUUUUUCCUCUGAUCAAGGUUUUAUACUUGCAUUGUUUGCCUUAGCGGUGUUUUAAUGUCCUCAUUUCAAGAUGAAGGCUGCAUUUCAAAUGGCACCCUAUUCCCUACAGGACGACCUAUUGACUCUGGUCUAAAGUAGUAGAAGUACAUAGGGACACGGGGGGUCAUUUGGGACAGUAUCCAAGAAGAUAAUUCACAUACGAGUCCCACCAACGGUUACAAAACGUUUCUCUGGCUUAUUGGAGUUCAGAUGUUUUUUAUUGUUUAUGACGAAAUGCUUUCAUUGUACAGUCUCUAACUUAUACGGUCUUCUUCCUGUUCUCCCAAUAAAACCACAAACCAUUUUACAAACUGUGUUUCUCUGGCUUAUUGUAGAUGACGAAAUGCUUUCAUUGUACAGUCUCUAACUUAUACUGUCUUCUUCCUGUUCUCCCAAUAAAACCACAAACCAUUUUA